GUGCUCCGUCGGAUCAUUGUUACCAGAUUCCUCUCGUGCUCACGACGAGUCGAGAAGAAGGUUCGACAUUGACCGAUUAGUGAGAUGCAAUUCGCAUCCGUUGGAUACUGGGAUGAAAGCUGUGAAGUCUAAGUUGCUCGCGAUUUCCUAGUUUUGCAGCUAUAUCGGCAUAUAAGAUUCUUGGAGAAUGGGGGAUCCUUUCACGCGCGAGGAACUGUCUGAAAGUGAAAGGCAUCAAGCUAGUCUAUCAGAAGGCAGUUCUUGAGCAAGUGAGAUUGGCUGAAGUUCAAUAUGCAAGUUAUGGACGUCCAGCUAAACUUGUGAACAACAAAUGCGAACAUAAGUUACGGAAAUUUAACAAGAUAUAUAGAAUGAAGUUAGUACCAGGUCGUCGACGCCCGGAAAACUCUUGUACAAUUGAUGAAGACGUGCAAAUUUUCUUAAACUGACAUGAGCUUUACCUCCAAAACCCAACAACUCCUGGCUCUUCUGAACUCUUGUUCUUCUCUGAAACAUGUUUUCCAAAUUCAUACUCAAAUCAUAAUCUCCGGACUAUCUCAACAAAACUGUAUCCUCCUCAAUAUUGUCAACUUCUUGGCUUCUCAUACCCCCAUAAACUCGUCUUCUUACGCCGGUCUUGUAAUCAAACAAUCACACAAUUCGUCUAAUUCGUGGUGGAAUAUCCUCAUUAGGAAUUAUGCUACAGGCGACAAGUGUUCACAUGCUGAAGCCAUUCGGUUUUUUGUUGAAAUGCGGCGUUCUGGAGUUGCUUCUGAUGAAUUCACAUACCCUUUUCUCUUCAAGGCAUGUUCGUCUUUUUUGGGUUUGAAGGAAGGGAAACAGAUUCAUUGUGAUGUCAUCAAGAUUGGUAUUUGUAACAAUGUGUAUGUCCAGAACACUUUGAUUCAUUUUUAUGGGUCUUGCAAGAAGAUUGUGGAUGCAUACAAGAUGUUUGAUGUAAUGUCGCUUAGAACUGUUGUUUCUUGGAAUUCGAUGAUUUCAGCUUGUGUUGAAAGCUGUUGGUAUUAUGAUGCGAUUGAGAUUUUUCGUGUGAUGAGAAAAUGUGUGAUUCGACCGGAUGAGACAACCAUGGUGGUUUUGCUUUCUGCUUGUGCUGAGUUGGGUGACUUGAGUUUAGGGAAAUGGAUCCAUUGUCAAGUGAUUGAGCAAGGGAUGUUUGUGAAUUGUCAAUUGGGAACUUCCCUCGUUGACAUGUAUGCUAAAUGCGGGGCAGUUGAUUAUGCUCGUUUGAUCUUCGAUAGGAUCGGUGAAAGAAAUGUAUGGACAUGGAGUGCGAUGAUUCUUGGAUUAGCUCAGCAUGGAUUUGCUGCACAAGCCUUGGAACUCUUUUGGAAAAUGAAGGAUUGUUCCGUGAAGCCUAAUUACGUGUCCUUUCUUGGUGUGAUUUGUGCUUGUAGCCAUGUUGGAAUGGUGGAAGAAGGCCAUCGUUUGUUUCAUGAGAUGGAAAAUCUCCAUAGCAUCAAGCCUAUGAUGGCACAUUAUGGUGCUAUGGUAGAUAUCUUGAGUCGUGCUGGUCGUCUAGAAGAAGCAUACAAAUUCAUAGUUGGCAUGCCCAUUGAGGCUGAUGCAGUCAUAUGGAGGACAUUGCUUAGUGCAUGCCACAUUCAUGAUAUUAGCGACUAUACUGGAGUGGGAGAGAAGGUCAGAAGGAGGUUGCUUGGAUUGGAGCCUAAAAGGAGUGGGAAUUUGGUCAUGGUAGCAAAUAAGUAUGCUGAAAUUGGAUUAUGGGAGAAAGCAGCAAAAUUGAGAAGAGGUAUGAAAGAGAGACGACUUAAGAAGAUUGCUGGAGAAAGCUGUAUAUCAGUUUUUCAGAAUCCAUAGAGAUUCUUAUCAAGUUGCUAAGUAGUAGCAAGUUUUCUUGUUCCUAAACACUGUUCACAGCACACUUACCAACGUGCAGAUGUUGCUAAGUGUCUGUCAUCAUAAUGAGAUUCCAUAGGAAAAUUUCGUGUUUUCCUCUAGUUCAAUUGUGAGAUACUUAAGCAACCAUAUGACACACACUAUGUGUUCUAUGCUAUCAAACUGAAAUUGAAUAAAGGCGGAAUGACCUCGAAGACUUCUGUACUUGGCUUUGUUUGUCACCCA